AUGGGGACUGCUCUYGAGGAGCAGCUGAGGAGACUGGUCCAGGUGGUGGAUGCAGUGUGUGCAGAUGUACAGAGGGGACAGAACGUCUACAACAAGCUCUUCUACAGUGCGGUGAAAGUGGAUUUCUUCAGCAUCGCUUAUAGACAGUUGGAGAAACUGGUCGCGGACGACGUGAGCGUUGCCAUGGAGAAGGUGUGUGGCACUCUGGAGCAGGAGAGCUCCAGGCUAACUCAGACCAUGGGAGAGACUCUGUUAGAGCUCUACAUGUCUCUGAAAAUACUCAAACGCUUCAGAGAGUUCCUCCCUCUCAGGGACGCUAAGAUGAUGGCCUUGACUGCCUAUCACAACUGGUUCAAGACGUCUAUCCACAAGUGGCUGCAGAUAGUCCAUGACAAGGCUUGUGACAGGAUCCGCAGAGCAGUAGACAUGGACCAGCUGGAGCCAGUACAGCAGGCCAAACACAGCUCCUCGGCGGUGGAUGUGACAGCGUGUUUCAGCCAGGUGCGGGAGUUCUGGAAACAGCUGUCCUGGCCAGACUCUGCAGGGGCCUUCAUCUUUGUCACCCGCCUGACAGACAAUUUCUGCAGCGAGGCCGUGUGUUACUCAGAGAUGAUAAAGCGCAAGAUUGAGAGGAGCCAGCAGGGUCGAGACAUCAAGAGCCUGACAGUGCAGCUGUGCAUCGCCCUGAACYACACAGAGCAUGUGCGUGUGUUCCUGGGCCACCUACCUCGGGACCUGGACUGGCAGGGCGUGGAGCAGGCCAUGGAGGAGUCUUGCGGGGCGGAGGGGAAGGAGCAGGUCAACAAGGCCCUGAACGGACAGCUCUACAACGUGGAUGCGGACCUACAGAGGGAGGCAAAGCGCCUCAUCACCCACCUCACAGACAAGAUGCUUUCAGAGCUGAAGAGGUACCUCCAACACAUCAGCCUGUCCCCUGACUCCAUCAACAACGAUGAUGCCGUGUCCCCCCUCAUGAAGUACUUACGUGACACUUUAGUCAUCCUCAGCGAGUCUCUGGUGAAGGAGAAUCUGGCUAGAGUUCUCCUCGGCAUGUGGGAGCUGCUCCUCAGAAUGAUCCUAGACACGGUGGCGGAGAACAUGGGAGUCCAGGUGGAGUUCUACAACCGCUUCCAGUACACUGUGGAGGCCCUGGUGCAGUUCUUCUAUGCUGAUGGAGAGGGACUUGCCAUAGAAGAUCUGAAGAACCAUGUCGACUACAAGGCUCUCGACGAGGAGCUGAGGCUGAACAAGUGUUCGUCCUUUGAGCUGAUCGAGCAGUACUUCCUGGAGAAGAUCUCUCAGCAGAGAACACUGAAGCACACCCGCUUUGGCCGCGUCAGCGUGAAGUGUUACUAUGAUGCUUCUGAGCAGAGGCUCACGGUGGAGAUCCUGCAUGCCGCCGAUCUCAUUGCGUUGGACGCCAAUGGGCUGAGUGACCCCUUUGUCGUCGUGGAGCUCUGUCCCCACCACCUCUUCCCCAUGGCCAAGAGCCAGCGCACCCAAGUGAAGCUCAAGACCCUGCACCCAGUAUUUGAUGAGCUCUUCUAUUUCCAUGUCAGCCCAGAGCAGUACAGGCACAGGUUUGCCUGUCUGACUUUUACUGUGAUGGACUAUGAUUGGCUGUCCACCAACGAUUUUGCCGGGGAGGCKUUGGCCCCGCUCAGUGACUUCUGUUGGCCAGGGAGACCCAACGCCUCAGCGGCCGGAAAGASCAUCCAGCCGACCAUCCUGCACCUGGCCCGGAACAAACCCAGCGAGAAGCCAAUCAUGAGGAUUUUGGACGCACGGACAGGAGACGGAGAGGCUCAGGAGUUUGUGAGGAAGCUAAAGGAGAUUGAGAAGUCCAUGGAAGAGGAGUGAAGCUGUCAGCACUGGUCUGGUGUAUUGGUGUAUUCUGACUACGUCUUUGCCACAUGUGCUUUUGUACUUGUUGUACUACCGUAUGUUUACAAUGUUUACAGUUUUCAAAUCCUCUUGUACGUGCACUGAAAAUGUAAUGCUGAACAAAACACAGUAACACAUGACUUUUUAAAUUGAAAUACGAAUGUCCUGUCUCUCUGCUGUAUUUUUAUGCCUCAAAUC